CUCGGCUUUUCUCCGCCGUGACGCCUGCUGCUUCUAAGUGCUUCGACUAUGACUGGAAGCCCGUGCAUGCCAGGCCUCUUUGCGGAAUGGUGAAUCGCGGAGUUGAAUGUUUACUUUGUGAUUAUAGGACGUAGUGUUGUGAAUUCAUGGAAUCGGGAUUCGGUGAAGUGGAAUCUGAAAGAGAUCGGCGGAUCGCUUCUAUGGCUGCGUCUUUGGAGGUUAUGCACCCAUUGGACCCACCGCAGCCAGAUGUACUUCUAGCAUUGCUUGCGAGAAAUAAGGCGCUUGAAGCCAGUAUUCCAAAAUGCGGCGGCUGCCACGAGAUGAUCGUAGAUCGAUAUGUACUGAAGGUGUCAGACCGGACAUGGCACGCUGGGUGUCUCCGCUGUGUUGAAUGCAGAGCGAUGUUAUCCGGGAAAUGCUUCGCAAGAAACAACCAACUAUACUGCACUGAAGACUUUUUCAAGCGGUUUGGCACAAAAUGCGCAGGCUGCGGCCAAGGCAUCCCACCAACGCAGGUGGUGCGGCGGGCACAGUCCCACGUGUACCACCUGCGGUGCUUCGCGUGUGCAGCCUGCGCGAGGACGCUCAACACUGGAGACGAAUUCUAUUUGAUGGAAGACGGGAAGCUCGUGUGCAAGCCGGACUACGAAGCCGCCAGGGCUAAAGGUGAAGGUUCCCUAGACGGUGAUGCAGCUAGCAAGCGACCAAGGACGACGAUAACAGCAAAGCAGUUAGAAACCCUUAAAAGCGCGUACAGCAGCAGUCCCAAACCGGCCAGACACGUGAGGGAACAACUCGCACAAGAUACGGGGCUGGAUAUGAGAGUAGUGCAAGUCUGGUUUCAAAAUAGAAGAGCAAAAGAGAAGAGAUUAAAGAAAGAUGCUGGUCGUACACGAUGGUCACAAUACUUCAGAUCUAUGAAAGGUUCGGGCGGCAGUUCUCCCAGACACGAUCGUUUACUCGAUAAAGAUGAAUUGAAAAUUGACUUGGAUUCAUUUAGUCAUCAUGAACUGAGCAACGACAGCUAUAGCACGGCAGCGAUGGGGGGUGAGGAGGGCUCGCCCGCGGGCGGCGUGGGAGGGGGCGCGAGAUUCGGGGCAACUCCGCCGUACCUGCGCGCGCACUCGCCCCCCCACGCGCAUUACCAUUACCCCCCUGACCACCUCGUCUACACCAAUAUCGGUCAAGCUAUGGGCGGUGGCAUUGGCGCUGGAGCUGGAGGGGCAUCAGACAUGAGCAGUUCAUCAUCACCAGCGGCCGGGGGCUAUCCGGACUUUCCUCCAUCCCCCGACUCUUGGCUCGGAGAACCCCACCAUUACUCGCCGCGAGGCUACCCCUAGCGGCGGCCACCGCCGGCGCAUGCGCACCUCGCGCCCCCGCCGCUCCCCACGCCCUGCCCACCGCAAACUAUAGCCCUACAACCACUUGAACUCGUUGUUAAGCGUGAACUGUGACUUAUAAACUCCGAAUAGUAAAAUCCAUUAAUCAAUUAAUCAAUUUGUUUUUCAGAGUUAAUCCUACAUUGAUGAACAUUCCAACCACCAUUCCAUUUACAUAUUCACAUUAAAAUAACAACUUAAAUUCAAACAUUGUAAUAUUAAAUGGAAAAGAACUUAAAUCGAAACAGAUAUAGGUACUUUAUGAAUGUAAAUAGUACUCUGUACGAUAGCCAAUUGUUAAUCAUACACUAACUAUAGUUUUACAGUUAAUUCAAGGUUUUGUGUAAAUAGUUAAGUAAAAAUAUAAAGUUUUUAUCACAAUGUUUUAAUUUACUUAGGGUAAAAAUCUGUUGUCACGUUUUAUGAUCAGUAAAGAUAAAUAAAAAAUUUGGUACAAAUUACUACCAAUACCUUAUUUGCAUCAUUGACAUUAUAAACUAGAUAUUAUUAUACAUAUUAAGUUAGAGUAUUUAAUGGUACUUCGAUUGUAAUGUAAAUGUUUACAAUUGUAUCACAUGUCACAAUUAUUGUAAAUAGAAAAAUGUAAUUAAAAAAAAUCUAAGACUAGCUCACUAUUGUAAGUCCAUAGAUUUAACGUUUUGUGCAAAGAAUCUAGUCGAGAGAUAUAUCAUUUAUGUUAUAUUAAUGUAUAUGUAAAUAAUAAACCA